AUGAGUUUGCCGAAACUUAUUGUAUUUGACCUCGACUAUACUCUGUGGCCGUUCUGGUGUGACACCCAUGUUUCCAUGCCGGUGAAAGCACUGAACGACAAUCAAAUCAUUGUUGACAGCCAGGGUGACUGUUUCACGUUUUACGAAGAGGUUCCUAUGCUGUUGAAGCUUCUCAAUGAAAACAAAAACUUCGAGUUAUGCGUCGCCUCGCGCACCCAGACCCCCGCAGUGGCAAAGGCCCUUCUCCAGAACUUGCAUGUGGAUGGACAACCAUCUGAAAAAAUAUUCAGGAGCGUCCUCUAUGGCACAGGCUCAAAAGUCACACAUUUUGAGCAACUCAAAAAAUUAACGGGCGUAGAUUACCACGAAAUGCUAUUUUUCGACGACGAGUCGCGCAAUCGAGACGUCGAACAUAAGCUUGGCGUGGUAUUCUGUCAUGUCGAGAAUGGUAUGACAAUGCAUCUUUACAAACAAGGUAUUGAGCUAUGGCGGAAGAAUUACCAAAAACUCGCUCCAAGGCUCGCCAUUUCUCAAGAAUACCCCGUCGAGGCUGAUCAGGUACAAGCACUAGCGUAA